CGUGGGCCUAAAAGAGUGGAAGUGGGACUCGGCGAACCUCUUAAUUUGUCAACGCAUUGUUUUUUUUUUUCUAAAGGCAAUAGACGGAGUACCUUGAGAAUGAGAUGAUGGAGAAUGGCGGACAUAAGAGUUCAGGUGCAUUUGGAUGUUUGGUUAGGAGAAAGCGAGUUGAUGCAGCAAGACAAAGACUUGCAGCUCAUCAAUUGGCCAGAAAACUCUCCCUUUUCGACCUUAUAGCCAUUGGCGUUGGAGCAACCAUAGGUGCUGGAGUCUAUAUUCUUGUUGGGACAGUUGCCAGAGAGCACACUGGACCUUCUCUCACCAUUUCCUUCUUUAUUGGUGGAAUAGCAGCUGCUCUUUCUGCAUUUUGUUACGCAGAGCUUGCAUGUCGCUGCCCAUCUGCUGGAAGUGCAUAUCAUUACUCAUAUGUCUGCAUUGGAGAAGGGGUCGCAUGGCUAAUUGGUUGGGCUCUGAUACUUGAAUACACUCUUGGUGGUGCAGCUGUUGCUCGUGGUGUAGCGCCUAAUUUGGCUUCGUUCUUUGGUGGUGUAGAUAAACUGCCCUCAAUUUUAGCUCGUCAAACCAUUUUUGGUAUAUUAGUAGACCCUGGUGCUGCAAUCUUAGUUGUCAUUAUCACUGCCUUAUUAUGCACUGGGAUCAAGGAGAGUUCCCUUGCGCAAGCCAUAAUUACAACUAUCAAUAUUAGUGCUUUAGCGUUCAUCAUCUUAGCUGGUGCAUAUCUGGGAUGUAAGACUGGAUGGCCAGGUUAUGAAGUUUCUAGUGGGUACUUCUCUUUUGGAGUAAAUGGGUUGUUGGCUGGCUCUGCGACAGUCUUCUUUUCAUACAUUGGUUUUGAUAUAGUUGCUAGCACAGCUGAGGAGGUAAAGAACCCUCAACGUGACAUGCCUCUUGGUAUAGGGAUUGCACUAUCCAUAUGUGGCAUAUUGUAUAUGCUGGUAUCAGCUGUUAUUGUUGGUUUAGUUCCAUACUACGCAUUGGACCCCGAUACACCAAUUUCCUCUGCUUUUGCAGGCUAUGGCAUGGAGUGGGCUGUUUACAUUAUAACCGCUGGAGCUGUGACAGCUCUUUGUGCAAGUCUUAUUGGUGCAAUUAUUCCACAGCCUCGAAUACUGAUGGCGAUGGCUAGGGAUGGAUUGCUGCCAUCAUUUUUUUCAGACAUCAGUAAGCACACUCAAGUUCCUGUUAAGGGCACCAUAGCAACUGGUAUCUUUAUUGCAAUCCUAGCCUUCUUUAUGGAUGUCUCUCAGCUAGCUGGAAUGGUUAGUGUUGGCACAUUGCUCUCAUUCACCGCAGUUGCUCUUUCAAUCUUGAUACUUAGAUAUGUUCCACCAGAUGAAGUGCCUUUCCUGCCAUCUGACCAGCAAUCGAAUGUUAGUGGUCAACAUCUAGAUGCUCUUGGAACAGAUGUGGCUGGAAGGCCUCUUCUUCAGAAAGAUAUAGCUCAAGAUAAACUCAGGAGAAGGAAAAUUGCUGCUUGGAGUAUUACUAUGGUAUGUUUUGGAAUUCUUGUAGUGGUAGCUGCUAUUUCAACUGAAGGUCUAUCCAGCAUUCUGUGCUUUGUAUUGAGUGGAAUCGGUGGUAUGCUUAUAAUUUGCUGUUUGACUGUGCUCAAUUCUCUCGAUCAAGCUGACACAAAAGAGAGUAUCACAAAAUCAGGAGGUUUCAUUUGCCCAUUUGUGCCUUUCCUACCUGUAGCCAGUGUUCUUAUAAAUACAUACUUGCUAGUAAGUAUAGGAGCUCAAACGUGGAUACGUGUUUUGAUAUGGCUUGCUGUGGGAGUUAUCGUAUACAUAUUUUAUGGCAGUGGACACAGCUUAUUGUUAGAUGAUGUUCGAAGGCCUAUUACACAUAGUGAUAAUGAACAUGCGGGUGCAACAUUAUCUUAGGCUAAUCUCAUGUAUCAAUUCUGUACAAUAUGAACUCAAACCAGGCAUAAACAUUUGUUGUAAAACACCAAAAAGUAGCAUAUACUUGUGAAGUAUCAUUGUAAGAUGUAACAAUUGCAGAAGACAUGAUGCUGAUAGCCUUAUAGUGUGGUGUAUAUAAUCAUUCAAAUUGCCUCUAGUUAAUUGAGAGGCAUGUUGACACAACUCGCAGAGAAGGAAACUAAUUGUCAAUGAAAGAGGAAUUUCCUCUUCUUGUGUUUGA